ACAGUGUCGAGCUCUCAUCCAACGCGUCCUUAUUGUCCGGGACAUGCGAAUAAACCACGGUGAUGCUUGCUUCCAAACAAGAUGUGGCUGCAGCAACAGCGCCCUGGCCAGUGGAACGACCGUGUACCCCAAUGGUUCAAUCACCUGAGCGCCGGAAAUUUUGCCAGGGGGCCCCAGUGUCGGUGAUGGGUAAAAAAGUUGAAUGGCCCCCUCGGAUGAUCUGACCCUUGGGAUGAACGGAAAGAUCCACCUGGAUUCGCCGAGCACAGAACACGGAACAAGGCGCGUGGGCGAAGCAAGAGGAACCACUUUGGAUGGCUUUUUUUUUGACAACGGUUUUUCCCAUGGCAUAUGCCAUGAAGCGUUAGCAGGCUGGUGUAUCACCCACAAUGGGAUUUUCAUUUACUUUCCUUUUUCUUUCCCUUCUCUUGUCUGGUUGCCGCCCACCCCCCCUUUUCCUUCAGGUCUAAUUGUUGCAAUUACUCCUUUGGGUUGGCCUGGACUGACCCAGCGGGAAUGUUAUCUGGAGUCCUGCUUAAUACCGAGUCACGAUACAAUUUUGGGGCCGGUCCACGGGAGCCACUUGCGGGGAAUUUCUCAGGUUAACGUUUUGGGCUACCAUAUGACAGCACCGUCCCUAGCCCCUCCCAAGCGCCAUCAUGGAUCAAUCCGAGCUCGGAGACAAAAAUUGGGACCGGAAAUCAUUUCAGAUGAGAGAUGAUCCCCCUAAACCAUCCUCCGUCCUCAGCAACAAAAAGACAUAGCACAGACGCAUUUAUUGUGGGCGGCUAUGGCAGUUGGUUGGCAGUAAUGGCACAUACUUUCUAGUAUGCGGGAGGCCCGCAAGGGAUUUGAUUGUACAGCCUAACUAUCUCAAUCCACUCAAAUUACGCGCUAGG